ACAAGCAACUUCUAUUUCGUCACAAAACAAAACGCGAAGUCGCAUCUUCAUUAUUGCUUUGCUAUCUCGAAGACACGACACAAGAAAUCAAAGAUGGAUCAAGUAAUGGCAUGGGUUGAACCUGGGAAACAAUUCGCAAAGGAUUCUAUUCGGCUUGUAAAGAGAUGUACGAAGCCCGACAGAAAGGAAUUCCAAAAGAUCGCGGUUGCUACCGCUAUUGGAUUCGCAAUAAUGGGAUUUAUCGGUUUCUUCGUCAAACUGAUCCAUAUCCCAAUCAACAACAUUAUCGUGGGAAGUUAAGAAAAACAAACAAAAUGGAUUAUGUUUCAAUUUGUGCAAAUAUUUUGAAGUGAUUGGUAAAAGUAGACUUUUGGUGUUUUUAAUGUUUCGUUUGGUAAAUUUCGGAAAUUAUAAGUUUAAUACCAAACUACUGCGAAUGUUGUAAGAUACCAAUCGCUAUAGAACUGUUUUUUUUUCACUUGUGCGCAAGAACUUAAAAAUCAUUUUUAAAAUUCUGUUUUACUUUUGCAAUACAAAGAGUUAUAACAUC